AUGUCUUCCGGAGAAAGUAUGGAGGCUCGGUUUGGAAAAAUCGACGCCAUGUUGAAGGACCCCAAGUCGGAGAUAAACACGGACUGUCUUCUGGACGGCCUGGACGCCCUGGUGUACGACCUGGACUUUCCUGCCCUAAGGAAAAACAAGAGCAUUGACAAUUUCUUGAAUAGAUAUAAAGAUACCAUUAGUAAAAUCCGUGACUUGCGGAUGAAAGCAGAAGACUAUGAAGUUGUCAAAGUUAUUGGCAGAGGUGCAUUUGGAGAGGUUCAGCUGGUGAGGCACAAAGCCACUUCCAAAGUGUACGCUAUGAAACUUCUGAGCAAGUUUGAGAUGAUCAAACGAUCGGACUCGGCUUUCUUUUGGGAGGAGAGAGACAUCAUGGCUUUUGCCAACAGCUCCUGGGUGGUGCAGCUUUUCUUUGCAUUCCAAGACGACCGCUACCUCUAUAUGGUAAUGGAAUACAUGCCCGGUGGCGACUUGGUCAAUUUGAUGAGCAAUUAUGACGUCCCGGAAAAGUGGGCUCGCUUUUACACAGCUGAAGUUGUUCUGGCACUUGAUGGAAUCCAUGCCAUGGGCUUCAUUCACAGGGAUGUGAAACCUGACAACAUGUUGCUUGACAAAGCAGGUCACUUAAAACUGGCAGAUUUUGGCACCUGCAUGAAAAUGAACAAGGAUGGUAUGGUACGAUGUGACACAGCGGUGGGAACGCCAGACUACAUUUCACCAGAGGUACUGAAAUCCCAAGGAGGAGACGGUUAUUAUGGCAGGGAGUGCGACUGGUGGUCGGUGGGAGUUUUCCUAUUCGAAAUGCUAGUUGGCGACACGCCAUUUUACGCUGACUCUUUGGUCGGCACCUACAGCAAAAUCAUGAACCACAAGAACGCACUGACCUUUCCCGAUGACAGCGACAUCUCCAAUGAUGCCAAGAACCUCAUCUGUGCCUUUCUGACAGACAGGGAGGUCCGCCUGGGCAGGAAUGGUGUGGAUGAGAUCAAGAGGCACCCUUUCUUUAAGAAUGAUCAGUGGACGUGGGAGAACAUCAGAGAGACGGCUGCCCCGGUGGUGCCCGAGCUGAGCAGUGAUGUUGACACUAGUAACUUUGAUGAUAUUGAAGAGGACCGUGGCGAAGAAGAGACAUUUCCAAUACCAAAGGCCUUUGUCGGCAACCAACUGCCCUUCGUGGGCUUCACCUACUACAGUAAUCAACAUCCUUUGCGCAGCUCCACCUCCGCCUCAAAGACAAGUGACAAACGUAGCAGCUCCACAAAGGAGGACAAAAGUCAUUUGGAAAAUCUGCAGAAAAGAGUCUACCAAUUGGAGGAGCAGCUCCACAGUGAGAUGCAGCUAAAGGAUGAGUUGGAACAGAAAUGCAGGACUUCAAACACCAAGAUUGAAAAGAUCAUGAAAGAACUGGAUGAGGAGGCUAACUUGAGAAAAAGUGUGGAGGCUAGCAUGUCUCUGCUAGAGAAGGACAAGAUCAUGCUUCAGCACCGAUUUACAGAGUACCAAAGAAAAGCUGACCAGGAGGCCGAGAAACGACGGAAUUUGGAGAACGAAGUAUCGACUCUGAAGGAGCAACUUGAAGACAUGAGGAAGAUCAGCCAGAACUCGCAGGCCUCGAAUGACAAGAUUGCGCAGCUCCAGAAUCAGUUGGAGGAGGCUAAUGACUUACUGCGUGCCGAGUCGGACACGGCGGCGAGACUACGGAAAAACCAUACAGAGGUGGCCAAAUCCAUGAGCCAACUGGAGAGCUUGAACCGAGAACUGCAGGAGCGAAGCCGCGCUGCUGAUGGAGAGAAGGCCCAGCUGGAAAAGGAGCUCCUGCUACUCCAGAGCACUUUGGACUCGGAGAGGAGGAACUACAGCCAAGACUCUGAGGAAAUUCGUGAGCUGCAAGCGAGGAUGUUGGGGCUGCAGGAGGACAACAAAAACUUGAAGCUCACUGUCUCUAAAGUAGAGACUGAACGCAAACAGGCCCAGGAGAGAAGCAAUAACUUGGAGAAGGAUAAGAACAACCUAGAGAUUGACCUGAACUACAAACUGAAGACCCUGCAGCAGCGACUGGAGCAGGAGCAGACUGAGCACCGGGUGACACGAGCACAGUUGACUGACAAAUACGAGUCCAUCGAGGAGGCCAAAUCGGCUGCCAUGAAUGCUGUUCAGGUGAAGAUGUCUGAGGAGAACGGAGCGAGGAUGCGAGCCGAGAGCCGAGUAGUGGAGGUGGAGAAGCAGUGCUCCAUGCUGGAGUUUGACCUCAAGCAGUCGGUGCAGAAGAUGGAGCAGCUGAUGAAGCAGAAGGAAAGGCUGGAGGACGACGUGAAGAAUCUUAGGAUACAGACGGAGCAGGAAUCCAGCAAACGUGUACAGGCACAGAACGAGCUUAAGAGCCGUUUGCAGGAGGUGGACCGUCUUCGGUGUUCGGAGAAGCAACUCAAGCAAGAGAUCAAUGCGGCGCUGGAGAGUAAACGCUCUCUUGAGUUUCAACUUGCGCAGCUGACAAAGCAAUACAGAGGCAAUGAAGGACAGAUGAGGGAACUUCAGGACCAACUUGAGGCUGAACAGUAUUUUUCAACGCUUUAUAAAACUCAGGUGAAAGAGCUCAAAGAGGAAAUAGAGGAAAGGAAUCGGCAGGUACAAGACGCUCAUAAAAAGAUGCAAGAGCUGUGCAGUGAAAGGGAGUCCCUGUCUGCCCAGCUGGAUCUGACAGUGACAAAGGCAGAGUCGGAGCAGCUGGCUAGGGCUCUGCAGGAGGAGCAGUACUUUGAGCUCAGCCAAGAAAACAAGAAGACAGUCACUAGGCAUAAGCAGGAGCUUGUGGAUAAGGAAGCCACUAUUGCACGACUUGAGGAGUCCUGUAAAACUCUGACCAAAGAUGUGGAGAGUCUCGCCAAAGACAAGGCAGAGUUGAGUGAGAGACUUAGUACUCAAGAGGAAGAGUAUGCUGCUCAGAAGGAGGAGAUUACAAAUUCAAUCAAGGCCAACUAUGAGAAGGUCCUCAACACAGAGCGCACACUAAAGACUCAGGCAGUGAACAAGCUGGCGGAGAUCAUGAACCGAAAGGACAUGAAGAUUGACCAGAAGAAGAAGGGCAGCACGGCAGACCUGCGCAAGAAGGAGAAGGAGAACCGUAAACUGCAGCUUGAGCUCAAUCAGGAGAAGGAGAAGUUCAACCACAUGGCCAUCAAGUAUCAGAAGGAGCUAAGUGAAAUGCAGGCUCAACUGGCGGAGGAGUGCACUUACCGCAACGAGCUCCAAAUGCAGUUGGACAGCAAGGAGAGCGACAUCGAGCAACUGCGCGAGAAGCUUAAUGACCUGCAGCAGCGCAUGGACAACUCCAGCAUCACCAGCUUGUUGACUGACGAGACAGACAGCAACAUCGCAGAAUCCAGACUGGAAGGCUGGCUGUCCAUUCCCAACCGCACCAAUAUCAAGCGAUACGGAUGGAAGAAGCAGUAUGUUGUGGUGAGCAGUAAGAAGAUUUUGUUCUACAACGAUGAGCAAGAUAAGGAGCAGUCUAACCCUUCUAUGGUACUAGAUAUCGACAAACUGUUUCAUGUGAGACCAGUAACUCAAGGAGACGUGUACCGAGCGGAGACUGAGGAGAUUCCAAGAAUAUUCCAGAUCCUGUAUGCCAACGAGGGCGAGUGCAGGAAAGAGGCUGACAUGGAGACAGUCCCUCAGGGCGACAAAAACUGCCUGCCGCACAAAGGCCACGAGUUCAUUCCCACUCUGUACCACUUCCCCUCCAACUGCGAGGCAUGCUCCAAACCACUGUGGCACGUCUUCAAGCCACCGCCUGCGCUCGAGUGCCGCCGUUGCCAUGUCAAGUGCCACAAAGACCAUCUGGACAAGAAGGAGGACGUCAUUGCUCCUUGCAAAGUAAACUACGACGUGACCUCGGCCCGAGACAUGCUUUUGCUGGCUCUGACUCAAGAUGAGCAGAAGAAGUGGAUUGGCCAUCUUGGAAAGAAGAUUCCCAAAACUCCACCUACCACGUUUUCGAGAGCUUCGCCUCGCUCCAUGUCCACUCGACCCGGACCUAACCAGUCCUUCCGCAAAAACCCUAAAAGCAAUACAGCGAAACUGAGCCGAGCGCAGUCCAGCCUCCAUGCGGCAGACACAACAUCCAGCACUUGUUGA